AUGCGGUGCGCGAACAAGGCCUCUGAGAGCGCGUCUGCACGUCUCUGUGUAGACGCCGAAGCAGAAACCACAGCAACUGAUGUCUCAUCGGUUUCUGAAGCGACUCAGCCUGUGUCACUUGGUGAUGCAGGCGCUGGUCAUGAAGACACUCAUGUCUUCACAGAGUAUGAGCUCGGUGUCUCAUACUCUCCUGAUACGGAAGACGGAUCCGUAUCGACGGCGAUCGAAUCCAAGCCGCCUGCCAAGCGUGGCAUGGACGAUGCUUUGCGUCGCAGCAUCUUUGGUUCAUCUGAUUCAUCAGAUGAACCAUCGCCGAAGCGAAGGCGCUCGAGGUCGCGAGACUCGGGCGCUGACAGUGGUGUCGGUUCUCCUAUGGACACCACUUCACAGCGAGGUGCCAGUACUUCUGUCGGCACGUCGCAGGAAGAGCGGGACCGCAAUGUGUUGCGUCUCGCUCCUGAGAAGAAGGCAUGGAUGCCUCCCAAAUCCGUCAUGGAUCACUUGUCGGCGACGACGAGUGAUUGUUAUCGAACACGAUUGUUCGAUUCGUCAAGGAUCCAUCACCUUGACCCCAGCGCGAAAAACUAUCGCGCUGAGUAUGAUUUCUUCAUCGAUGCUUUCUUUAGACAUCGAUGGUACAGUGGGAAUCACAAGCGUGAUGGUCCCUCACUACUUCAAGCGUGGAACGCCUACAUCCAUAACCUUGAGGAUGUAGGUCGUGACGCUUGGAACGACAAGCUUAUCAAAGCUCGUGAUAAGUUUGAAAAGCGAACCCCGACAGGUGCACGCUACAAGCUGCAUCGUCUGUCAAGGGAGAAAGGAUUACCCUGCCUCUCAUGGGGAGACUCGUGUCCAUGUUGUGUGAACAACUCUGCACGAGCACCUAAGGAGGCUUACCUCCUUACCAGCCCGUGGUGGCGCGUACGUAUCUCUACUGAGAUGUACGAAGGGAUUGACAAACUGAAAUCCCUUUACGACCGUGCCGGGAAGACUUUCUCCGGCGGUCCUUCUGCGGCACAGGAUGUGCCGCGUCGUACUGCUCAACCAGACCCAGAACGUCAACCAUCAGUUGGGAGCGGGGCUCCCAAGUAUCCCAGGACGGGGGAUAGCCGCGCCACCGGACGAGAUAACUCGUCCGACCUCCGUUCACGUCGCGGUGGCUCAACAGCUGCUCAACUAGAUAGCGCUGGCCACCGCGAGAGUCCUCUAAUGGAGGUGGAGGAGGAGGAAAGACGCUCUCCACACGAUCAGCGGAAUAGGCGUCUCCAAAUGGCGGACACUGCCUCGAAGCAUCGAGCUGAGUUUGCCUUUGCUCAGCUUGAGAACGAGAGAUCUCUGACAUCUCUUCGUGACGAGCUAAGGGUAGCUCGUGGGAUUGUUGAUCGGUCUCGGGAUGAGAUAGCUGCUCUUCAGACCCUUGUUGAUGCCCACCAUCGGGAGCACAAGGCUCUCUGCAAGAUGCUUGAGCGCAAGGGCGUUCUUCAUCGGAAGAAGCAGCGUACUGAUGGUACGGCUUAA